UUUAAAGUUGAAGACUAAUUGUUCAAAUCAUUUGCUGCCAUUAACAGGGAUAGAUGUCCAAUCGAUGUGAGCCUCUCAUCUCAAACGGAUCAGACAUCUACUUGUGACAAACUCGUUUAAAUUCACAGCAUCGGAACCACAAAUUAAUCCUAAUAAAAAAGAAAAAACAACCAAUAGUUUGCAUAGCCAAUUGUUUUUUAAGAUUUAUUUUUAAUUCUUCUACAAAGACCUUACCCAUCAAUGUGCCAAUUGAGCUCCAAAGUUGUGCAGGCAGGAACCAAUGGUCAACCUCUGCCAGUAGUGACAUCAUCUCCUGGAUUAGGGGGCGCGGCUGAUGCAGCCGGAAAGUCAAGAUGAAGAUAACGUUGAUGGCUGUGCCUGACUCCAAAACCAAUAUCAUUAAUUGGAUUCUACUUAUGCUCUGCCUGGACAUUUUCCGUACAGGCGCAGUUCUGGCCGUGAAUAUGACGCUCCCCAACUCCCUCAUCCGCAGCACGGUGGGAGACGAAGCCCUCCUGUCGGUAGACUUCGUCAGCUUCAGCGCCGACCCGCCCGUCAUCAAGUGGCAGCUGCGUCGGGAGAAAUCGGUCACUGUGGUGCAGUCCAUCGGGACGAACAUCGUGGGCACCCUGAGGCCCGAGUAUCGGGACCGCAUACUGAUUUUCCAGAAUGGGUCGCUGCUCCUACACAACCUGAGGCUGUCGGACGAGGGCACGUAUGACGUGGAGAUCUCCAUCACGGAUGACACGUUCACGGGCGAGGGCAGCGUCACACUCACUGUGGAUGAGCCACUUUCCAGACCUUACAUCUUAAUGGAGUCAACGUCCGUCCUGGAGCGCAGCGAAAACGUUGUCCUUAACUGCUCGCAUGACACCGGCACCCGAGCCGAGUACCGCUGGGUUAAAGGCGGCGAGGCGCUGGGCGACGACAGCAGGCUACGGUUGUCCCACGACGGGAAGCUGCUCACCAUCACUCGCGUCACCUUGGCAGACGACGACGUCUAUGGCUGCGUGGUGGAGAACCCCGUCGGCGUCGUGACCAGCCUGCCCAUCAGGCUCGCUGUCUACAAAAGAAGUUCCAUCUACACCAUCCUCUCUACUGGUGGCAUAUUCCUACUCAUCACCUUGGUAACCAUUUGCGCCUGCUGGACACCAUCUAAAAAGCGGAGACGACCCACGAGAAAGUCUUUCUCCAGAUUUUAUAACCAACGUACAGUGACUUGUAACUCGGAUGUUGCUCCUCCUGAGGUCGCACAACGGAAUGGAAAGAACACUGUGACGUCGCUUUACGUACUGCAGCAAAAGGAUCUUUCCCCAGGAGACUCUUCAGUCAACAGCAACGGGUCGGCUUGGGACCCGGAGCACCCACCUAGCUACAACAACUACGUUGAUUCUCUAACCAGGGCUACGAGCCAGGCCAACCAACUCCAAGUAUAGCUGCACAACGGAGGAUUUGUAGGAAGAUAAUCCUGCACGGAUUGAGACUCCACAAAAGGAUUUUCCUGUAUUUUUCCCAGAAUUGAAAAUAUUUGUGAAAAAUGCAACCUCUUCCUAAUGUUUGGGCCAUAUUGUAGAUGUACUUCACACACUUUGAUGUUUUUUCCUGACAUUUUUCUAGAAUAACAAAAGAGCCUAUACGUCUAUACUGUAAUUUUUACCUCAUGAUUGGCCAAAUUAAGGUAAGUGAUUUUGUUGUUGUAUUUUUUAGUUACACAAACAGUAUUUUCAAGGAAAUUAACCCCUUGGUGACAGAUUUUGCAUUUAACAAAUUUGCAACAAGUACAUGAGAAUCAUAAUUUUAAAAAAAGAAAGAAAAGAAAAA